AUGGCAACCAACGGCGAUAUCGAUAUAGGCCAGCUCUCUCCGGAGCAGCAAUCGGCCCUCGAACAGUACACCCAGGUCACAGCACAAGAUGUUAAGGAUGCGGUGCCGUUGUUAGAGAGGUCGCAAUGGAACGUACAAAUAGCAAUAGCUAAGUUCUUCGAUGGCGAAGGUCCCGAUCCCGUAGUCGAAGCUAUGGCCGCUCAGAACGACAUUCCCCGACAAGCAGCGAGACACGAAAACCUACAAGAGAGUUUCGCAGCAUCCGCACGGCCUUCUGGACGCUCAGUCCCGCGAGCCAGACCUGAUCCUGCACCGAGGAUAGUGCCUCAACCUCAGACGACCACUCGCCUGCCUUUCGUCCUAUCUAUCCUAUUCGCUCCCUUCAACUUCGGAUACAGAGCCGUCUCGACGCUCUUCCGCACAUUCAUGUACAUAUUCGCAUUUCUCCCCGCAUCUAUACGGCCCCGCAUGAUAACCACGAGUAUGACGAGUGGGUGGAAGGGCACCAUGGGCCGGCGCAUGCUGAUGCCGCGUGAUACUGCCUCCCGGUUCAAGCGAGAAUUCGAAGAGGAAUAUGGUAACGACAGCCUACCCUUCUUUGAGGGUGGUUUCGCGCAAGCCCUCGACUUAGCCAAGAAGGAGCUCAAAUUCCUCCUAAUAGUGCUCAUGUCGCCCGAACACGACGACACAGAAUCUUUCACACGGGAGACCCUACUCUCGCCUGACGUCAUCAGCUUUGUCAACGAGCCCAACAACAAUAUUGUCCUAUGGGGCGGCAACGUCCUCGACUCCGAGGCGUACCAAGUCGCCGCCGAGUACAACUGCACCAAGUUCCCCUCCUCAUGCCUAGUGUGCCUGACCCCUAAAGAGGGCAGCACCCGCAUGAGCAUCGUCAAGCGACUAGCCGGCCCUAUACCCCCCGGAACCUACCUCGCCGAGAUCCAAACCGCAAUCAACAAGUACGCCCCCGACCUAGCCGGCGCCCGCGCCGAACGCACUGCCCACGAAGUCGCGCGCACCCUGCGCACCGAACAGGACUCGGCAUACGAGCGCUCUCUAGCUCGCGACCGCGAGCGCGCCCGCCAGCGCAGGGAAGCCGAAGCCGCCGCCGCCGAGGCCGAGCAGCGCGCCAGAGAAGAAGCCAAAGCUGCAGAACGCCGCGCCGCCCAGCGCCAACAGUGGCGACGCUGGCGCGCGUGUACCGUGGCCCCCGAACCCGAAGCUUCCGCCAAGGAUGUCGUACGGCUCGCUCUCAAGAUGCCCGACGAAGCGGACGGGCGAAUCGUGCGACGGUUCGUGGACACGACUACGGUGGAGGAAUUGUAUGCUUUUGUGGAGUGCUACGAUUUGCUCAAGGGAGGAGAGGAGCUCGAUGACGAUGUGGAGGAGCCCGAGGGCUAUGAGCAUGAGUACAAGUUCCGGAUUGCGUCGCCCUUGCCCCGAGUCGUUUACGAGCCGGAUUCUACUGCUACGCUGGCGGAUACGAUUGGCAGGUCGGGUAACCUGAUCGUCGAGAGUAUAAUCUCCGAUGAGUCGGAUGAUGAUCAGGGUGCAGUGUAG